AUGAGCUGCCAGGCCUUCGGGAGCACUGACUCAUUUAGCAGUCUGAGCGGAGACUCAGCUGCUCUGCCUCUGCUCAUGCACCACGCUGGAACUGCAGACUGCCUGCCCAUCACCAACCACACCACCAACAUGGUGCCUUCAGUUCCGUCGGGUUUGCCUCUUGUCCAGUCAUCCAAGCGACCUCACAUGCAUCUGUCCACUUCUGCCCUGAGCAACGCUUCAGCCGGCCUGCACUACUCCAUGCCCCCGUGUCACUAUAGCAACCAGCAGACCACCUACGGCAUGAUGGCAGGUGCCUUGGCUCCAUGUUUAUACAAGUUUCCUGAGCAUGGUCUGGCUGGAGGCUCAUGCACUCUAUCUCACAGUUUCCCUACACUGCCUCAAGCCUUGUUCACAGAUGAGCCCAUACUGGGGGAUAUCAAACAGGAGCUGCGCAGAAAGAGCCGGGCCCCAGAAGAGCCGCCUGACACAGACUCACCUCAGAUCCGGGAGCUGGAGAAAUUUGCCAAUGACUUUAAGCUGAGAAGAAUCAAACUGGGUUACACUCAGACUAAUGUUGGAGAGGCGCUAGCAGCUGUUCAUGGCUCUGAGUUUAGUCAGACCACAAUCUGUCGCUUUGAGAAUCUGCAACUCAGUUUCAAAAAUGCUUGCAAACUCAAAUCUAUCCUGGCCAAGUGGCUGGAGGAGGCCGAGCAGGCUGGUGCUUUAUUUAAUGAGAAAAUGGGACUACAAGAACGCAAACGGAAGCGAAGAACCACUAUCAGUCUAGGGGCAAAGGAAGCACUGGAAAGGAAUUUUGUGGAGAAGAGUAAGCCAUCAUCACAGGAGAUAGUGCGCAUGGCAGAGGGACUGCACUUAGAGAAGGAAGUGGUACGGGUUUGGUUCUGCAACCGCAGGCAAAGGGAGAAGAGAGUCAAAACAAGUCUGCACCACAGCUCGUUUCUGUCCAAAGAAACUUCUCUCUGUAGGUAA